GUACACCGUCGGCAAGUGAUCCGGUCAGCUCGCCACUGAGUUCCGAGGACUCGACGACGUGGUCAAGACUUGAGGAGCUUGACCCGCCCACGAGAGAGCACUUCGCUUGGAUGCCUCUACCCUCGACCGGAACCUUGCCAAGGCCGCAUUGCAACGCCUUGAUGGCAACUCUACGCUCCUAUUUGCACACUACAUUACCAACUCCGUUGAUGGACGACGGGGUAGCGGUUGYCGAUCUCCGCUCCUAUCUUGCGAAGAUUGACCGCGAGUACGCCACCCAAAGGUACGCCGAAACCGACGCGCCUUUGCUCUAUAUCCACAUUCAAAUUGGAAAGGCAACCUGUAGUGCCUUGAUUGAUUGUGGAGCGACUCGCAACUUUAUGAGCCAAGCCUUUAUGGCCCGCGCAGGCCUUGGCCUGCGCGUUCGAAGGAAGACGCAACCCACGCAAGUUACACUCGCGGACGGCCGCACGCAAAAGUCCAUUGACCGAUGCGUUGACGGCGUUCCAGUCUACUUUGCGCCACUUGCGUGCGAGCCGGUGUCUUUUGACAUCCUCGACACCAAGUUCGACAUGAUUCUAGGCAUGUCUUGGGUGCGUAGUGCCGAUCAUCCGGUGAACUUUCAUGACCGAACCGUUCACAUCCGUGAUCGGAACGGAGUGUGUGUCCCAUGUACGGUCGCGACCCCUCACACUUCGAUUGCUUGUCACGUGGUUUCCGUUGCGAGAAUUUGCGACGCCAUAGCUCGGAAUGACGUUGAGGAGAUGGGCCUUGUAUUCUUGCAUGCUCUCCCCUCGCCGGACGGACCAGCCGCGUCGCCGCUGGACCCACGCAUUUCUCACCUCUUGGACGAGUAUAGAGACGUCUUCGAGGCUCCCACCGGAACGGUCCCGGAUCGGCCCAUACGUUAUGGGAUCACUUUCGAGACUGGCGCCUUCCCUCUACGUGGAUGUAUCUACCGUAUGAGCGAAGAGGAACUCGAGGUGCUUCGCGCACAACUCGAUGACCUUCUCGACAAGGGCUGGAUUCGCCCUAGUUGUUUGCCCUACGGGGCCCCUGUUCUCUUCGUCCGGAAGAAGAACAAAGAUCAACGGUUAUGCAUCGAUUAUCGUAAACUUAACGCACAAACCGUAAAGAACGUCGGCCCUCUCCCUCGGAUUGAUGAUCUUCUUGAGCGGUUAGGCGGCGCGACGUACUUCUCGAAGUUGGAUCUGAAGUCAGGUUACCACCAGAUUGAAAUCCAGCCUCAAGAUCGGUACAAGACCGCGUUCAAGACGCGGUACGGGCAUUUUGAGUGGGUUGCCAUGCCCUUUGGCCUCACCAAUGCCCCCGCGACUUUCCAAGCAGCGAUGACGACUGAGUUUCGCGACUUGCUCGAUCGCAGCGUCCUCAUCUACCUUGAUGACAUCUUGGUUUACCGUAGGACGCUGGACGAGCACAUCGUACACCUUCGUGUUGUUCUGGAUCGUUUGCGACUAGCCAAGUACAAAGCGAAUCUUGACAAGUGCGAGUUCGCCAAGCAGGAGCUUGAGUACUUGGGUCAUUUUGUCACGCCUAAAGGCAUUCGUCCCUUAGCGGACAAGAUCCAAGCCAUCGUGGAUUGGCCGGAACCCCGUUGCACGACGGAUGUACGCUCUUUCAUGGGUUUGGCUGGAUAUUAUCAGCGAUUCGUCGAGUCAUACUCGAAAGUGGCCGCUCCUUUGUCGAGACUUCAGUCCCCGAAGUCGCGCAAGGAGGCGGAGAAAGCACAUGACAAACACAUGGACGAGAAGAUCCGCGAUUUCCGAGAGAAAAAGGAGAAAGCAUUACAAGAGCAACGAGAAAAGGAGUUGAAAAAAAUUACUGCCUUCGCAGAGCUCCGAGACAGGCUUAUUGCGCAGCAAGAGAAGACUUUGCUUGAAGCGAAAAGGAAAGCCGAUGAACGUAUCACCAAGUUCGAGAAGGAAAGAGAAGAAAAAGAAGACCUGGAGGCGAAGAUAAGGGAGGAAAUCAGGAAAAAGGAGAUUGAGCUCAUGCGCAAGCAACGUGAGAAACAGCUUGCCAAAAGAGAGAACAUGCUGCAGGCCAAGAAGGAAGAGAAGAAGAGAAUCCAAGAACAAAUGAUCAUGUUGAGUGAGCAGUUGAAGCAAGAGGAGAGGGACAUCAUCCGGAAAGAACGGGAGAAAAACAAAGAGCAUGCCGCCUUUCUUCUCCGCAGCAUGGGAAAACAUGAGCGACGGAAGAAGCUUGAAGAUGAGAAGGAGCGUCGGAAUGCUGCGCGCAUACGUAAGAUCUGGGCUGACGAUGAUGCUGCGUUCAAAGCAUAUACUGAGGAGUGCAUGGAAGAAUGGAAGGCGGCGGGCAAGUCUGUUGUGCCAAUGCAUAUCGUCUUGUACCGGAAGCAGAAGCUUGGCAGUGGACUUGCCAGCACAUUGGCUUAACGAAUGAAUGAAUGAAUGAGUCAGCGCUCG